AUGCCACCAAACAGUCCGCGCACACUAGAGUACUCACGAGAUGUUCCAUCCAACCAUGCUCGCCGGGCUACCUACUACGGCGGCCCCUCCCGUCUUCCACUCAGAUCACCUCCCCCGAUCCCACCUCGAAACUACGCGCCAUUGCCGAGAGAGCUCUUGUCCAAGAACCUUGACAUUUGGGAAGCCGCUUGUGAAAGCGAUGAAAGGGCAAAUCGAGACCUGCCUCAUUUCACGCUUGAACUUGAGCGGUCCAGCUUGCGCCAGAGGCGCUUGGCGACCAGAAAGAUCGCGGAGAGUUCUCUCUCUCCUAAACUUCAUCGCUGCGAACCAUCCGUAUGGCGUUAUGUUUAUCGUCAGCCGACAUUAAUCUUGAAGCGUAAAUUUCCACCAACCCCGCAAUACCGGGCGGUCGAGCACAAAUCCACUGGAACCACGUCUUAG